CCCACGGUUAGCUGCUGGCGUGUGAGCCGGGUCUCGGCAGAUUCAGUCAGAGGCAACCUACGGACCGUGCUUCACCGAGCACAGCGGAGCCUGGUACCCGGCUGUCCCGGGAGCGGGCCAUGCCCCCGCGGGAGCUAAGCGAGGCCGAGUCGUCCCCGCUCCGGGCCCCGACCCCUCCGUCGCGGCGGGGCAGCGCGUCCCCAGAGCUGGGCAUCAAGUGCGUGCUUGUGGGCGACGGCGCCGUGGGCAAGAGCAGCCUCAUCGUCAGCUAUACCUGCAAUGGGUACCCUGCGCGCUACCGGCCCACAGCGCUGGACACCUUCUCCGUGCAAGUCCUGGUUGACGGAGCCCCGGUGCGCAUUGAGCUCUGGGACACAGCGGGACAGGAAGACUUUGAUCGCCUUCGCUCCCUCUGCUACCCGGAUACGGAUGUCUUCCUGGUCUGCUUCAGCGUGGUGCAGCCCAGCUCCUUCCAAAACAUCACAGAGAAAUGGCUGCCAGAGAUCCGCACUCACAACCCCCAGGCGCCCGUGCUGCUGGUGGGCACGCAGGCCGACCUGAGGGACGAUGUCAAUGUACUGAUUCAGCUGGACCAGGGAGGCCGGAAAGGCCCCGUGCCUCAACCCCAGGCUCAGGGUCUGGCCGAGAAGAUCCGGGCCUGCUGCUACCUGGAAUGCUCUGCCUUGACGCAGAAGAACUUGAAGGAGGUGUUUGACUUGGCCAUUCUCAGUGCCAUUGAGCACAAAGCCCGGCUGGAGAAGAAACUGAACGCCAAAGGUGUGCGCACCCUCUCCCGCUGCCGCUGGAAGAAGUUCUUCUGCUUUGUUUGAAGAGCUGUGGCAGCAAAAUGAUCAGUAGGCCAAUGGCCACAGACUUCUAGAACCUGGAGCACGGAGCCUUUGAGGGACCUGCUGGCAGGGCCACGUCACCCCCGUGGGACUCAGUUCCCAUCUGAACACUGUGGCAACACAGCCUCCAACUGCCCACUCUUAUGUGCCAGGGUGAGCCUAGGGCCUGGAGGAGGGAAGGCUCUGAACUUGGAUUUCUGUGGAUUUCUCUGACUUGGAUUUCUCAAGUACAGAGAAAUCCCAGUACUUUGAUUUUCAUGGGAUGAUCCUAACAGUGUCAGCUCCCUCCAAGCAGUUUGGGAUCCAAUACCCAGUCUCUUCUCAUGGGCCCUCAGGUCAAUCUGGCUGAAUUAGGACCACUCCUGGUGGUCCCCACCUGCUCCUUGGCACAGGGAUGAGGAAGAGCCUGGGGAACAGCUGGGCAUCUAGGAGGGCUGGAAGGCAUCCGGCCCUGAACUGGAGAGAAGUUUAGGAUGGAUUGGGUAAGACGGAGGUCAGUGAGAGAUUGAGAGGGGUCCGAAAGUAAAGGCUUGGAGCGUUGGGACUGGAGGCAGGCUGGGGAGGAGGAGGCAGACAAGAGGGCUAGGCUUGGAAGGAAGAAGAGAAAGAAGGAGAGCAGAGGAGUGGGGCAGCUGAGGAGCAAGGCUGCCACCUGGGCUGUCCUCAACCCCCAAGGCCAGGGAGGGUAGGGCUGGUCCCUGGGAAGAGCUGGGUCUCAGUGCUCCCUAGGCACUGCCCAAACUGGCUAGGCCAGGAGUGGGGCAGGAAGUGAGAGACAAGACCCAGCAAGAGGAGGGGGAGGAGCUGCAAAUUGGAGCCUGAAGAAAGAAGGGGCUUUCUCCAAGGUCACAACCUAGAAGAUAAGGCAGUGCAGAGUCUGCAAAUAAAGCCUUAAGUUUCUGAA